AUGACGACCAUAACGCCUUUGCCCGAGGAUGUCCGGAGUUGGUUGCGUUCUGGCAUUUUCUUGUUCGACUUGACGAGGUUCGAUGACGACCAUAACGCCUUUGCCGAGGAUGUCCGGAGUUGGUUGCGUUCUGGCAUUUUCUUGUUCGACUUGACGAGGGUUGUGGAAGAACUGGUUUUCAACAGCCUGGAUGCUGGCGCCACUAAGAUCUCAAUCUUUGUUAGUGUCAGGAGCUGUUACAUAAAAGUAGUGGAUGAUGGAGUUGGUAUUACUCGAGAUGGAUUGGCGAUCGUUGGAGAGAUACGGUAUGCACUUUGUCAAUUUAUCAUCUUUUCUCACUCUCCUUUACCUUUGGCUGAUCUGAAUGGCAUAAGUCGAAGCUUUGGUUUUCGGGGGGAAGCUUUAGCUUCAAUUUCAGAAGUUUCGGUGUUGGAAAUUUUGACAAGAACUUUUGGAAGGGCAAACGGGUACCGCAAAGUGUUGAAGGGCUGCAAGUGCUUAUAUCGUGGUAUAGAUGAUGAUAGAAAGGAAGUGGGAACAACAGUUGUUGUCCGUGAUUUGUUUCACAACCAACCAGUUCGGAGGAGGAGGAAACAUGUGCAAUCCAGCCCAAAGAAGGUUCUGCAAUCAGUCAAGAAAUGCAUGCUGCGGGUCGCACUUGUGCAUCCGAAUAUUUUGUUCAAAGUUGUUGAUAUUGAAAGUGAGGAUGAACUUCUUUGCACACAGUCUUCUUCUUCUCCGCUAUCACUUGACAAGUUCCUGAACAAGAAGAGAAGUAGAUCACAAGCAUAUCCAGCUUAUAUCUUGAAUUUGCUUUGCCCACGGUCUCUGUAUGAUUUAACCUUUGAGCCAUCAAAGACUUCUGUUCAAUUAAGAACCACACUUUUGAAGGAUUGGGCUUCUAUACUGAACUUCAUUGAGAAGGCCAUCAAAAAUUUCUGGGGGAAGAGUAUAACUCCUGGAGAGUCAUCUAAUGCCACUCAUGAGGUGCAAGCAUCCCAAAUGUGCAAGGAAAUUGAUGAUGCUAUUUUGGUUGAAGCAGAUAUAGCGAACUGUGGAAACCGAAAGAGUAAGGAAUUCUCUGGCCUUUUCUUGUCCACUUCUGACAAGUUGGCUGAAGAUGACCAUUGCCUGUCUGAUGGGCAAGUCACUAGACCCUCCCUUGGUUAUUUGCCCUCAGGUGCUGCAAAGUUCAAAGAAAAACCGAAUAAGAGAGACUUUUUCUGUCAGACUGGCUACUCUAGCUUUUCAAUGGAUGGGUCAUAUGCCAAGUAUGAUUCCACUGUGACCAUAAAUCAUUGCAGUGUGUGGAAUGAUAACAACUGUAUAUCUGGAAGAGAUGAUUUAUUGGAUGGUGAGUUUGCUGCUGGAGAAAUCUUCAAUGAUGAUGUGUCUUUUGAUGCACCAAGCUCGUCAAAGGGAAAUAAAUUUCUUGAAGUUGAUGAUGAUAGGCUCAGUGAAUCAUCCCAACGUGCCUUGCAUUAUGGCUGUCGUGAGAUUGACGGGGAUUUUCAAAAGCCUUUUUUGAAGAGUUGCUCUGUACGAGGCAGUGAUCCGCAUGAGAAGGCCUUGUUUGCAAAUGAUGAACAUGAGUUUCAAAUUGAUGGCUAUAGCACCAAACAAGAUAUGGGAGUUUAUAGUGGCAGAGUUGAGAACAUAGGUGCCCAUCCCUGUCCAGAAGUUGUAGAAAUGUUUAACACAUCUAGAGAUUCUGUUUUUCUCUCAAGAGCGUCUGGUGAAGAAAAAUGUUUUCCUUCAGAUUCAUGCUCUCUGGCAACACAAAUGGGAUGCCCUGGGUCUGCUAAAGAAAAAUGUUUUCCUUCAGAUUCAAGCUAUCCAGAGUUACUGACAUCAGAACAUUACCCUAUCUUCAAGACACUGUUACCUGAAGCCACUGCUUGGGAUGUUGAUCAUAUGACUGGCACUGGUCUUGAUGUUCUUGGAGGAAUACCUAUAUGCUAUAAAUGGGGUGAUUAUGAAAGAAUUUUUGAUGAUGAAGAAAAUAGAUGCAAUUUUAGCUGUGAUACCUCAUACAGCUUCAACUCAGAUCGGCGCAUGAGAAGUUUUGGAAACAGUAGAUUGUAUUUUGAUGGUCCCAAUGACUCUAAUAAUUCAAAUUUUACCAAAUGGCUAGAUCCUAAGUUGGUCAAAUGGCCUGAUUGUUAUGAUAUAGGUUCCAACAAAUGGUCAGAUAUUUUAGCAGAUGAGUCAGAUUGGUUGUGUCCCGUGUCAUGUGGUGGAAACUACCGAAGACUUAGUGAGAAAAGAAUAAAAAAGGAUCAUGUUAGACAUCCAGCUUCAGAAAAGAAUCAUGAAAGAUCUAGAAGAAGCUUUUCAGCCCCUCCAUUUCACAAAAGCAGAAGAAGGUUUAAUUCUUUAAAGCAGCCUUUAACGAUGAUAGCCAAAAGACCUGCGGGCCUAGCCUCCAACUGUGCUUUAAAGAAUAGAGAAUUGGCAGAAGCUGAUGAAGAGUGUCCCCAGCAGUCUUCUGGUCCACUUCACCCACCUCCUGAGGAACAUUUGUUUCUUGAAAACAAUUCCAUUGUGAAGAAGAAAACAGCUACUCUGGAAGAUAUACAGCAAGUUAAUAGCAAUAAAGAGUCUGAAUGGUUUCAAAGUUUAAAUAGUGAAAGCAAUGCUCCAUUUAAAGGUGAGUCCAGUGUCUGCAAAAUAUUUGCAGAAGUGACCUCAAGAAAAGUGGAAGAUUCUAUGGAUUACCGGACAAAGUGGCGGGACGGCUUACCUCGAAUUCCAACGAAGGAUAGAUCACUUGAUUUUAACAGUCAAGAUGAUAUACUUGACAUAUCUUCUGGAUUCUUGCAUCUUGCUGGUGACUCAUUAGUACCUGAAGCGAUCAGUAAGAACUACCUUGAGAAUGCCAGAGUUCUUCAUCAGGUGGAUAAGAAAUUCAUUCCAGUUGUGGCCGGCAGAACCCUUGUUGUUAUUGAUCAGCAUGCUGCAGAUGAGAGAAUCAGAUUGGAAGAAUUACGUCAAAAGGUAUUAUCCGGAGAAGCAAGGACAAUAAGCUAUCUAGCUGCUGAACAGGAACUGGUGCUGCCUGAGAUUGGCUAUCAACUAUUGUACAGUUAUUCCGAACAUAUUAAAGAUUGGGGAUGGAUCUGUAACAUUCAUGCUCAAGAUUCAAAAUCCUUCAAGCAGAGUUUGGAUCUUCUCAACAGGCAGCCGGCUGUUGUUGCACUUACUGCGCAGGUACCCUGCGUUUUAGGUGUCAACUUAAAUGAUACUGAUCUUAUGGAAUUUCUUCAGCAGCUUGCUGACACAGAUGGAUCAUCGCCAGUGCCACCUGCUGUUGUACGGGUUCUUAAUUUGAAAGCAUGCAGAGGUGCAAUUAUGUUCGGAGACUCGUUGCUGCCCUCUGAAUGUUCGCUCAUUGUUGAGGAGCUAAAGCAAACGUCACUGUGUUUCCAAUGUGCUCACGGGCGACCAACUACUGUUCCUCUUGUCAACUUGGAGGCUCUGCAUAAUCAGAUAGCCAAGCUUGCACCAAUGAUCGAUUGCUUGAAUGAUGAGUGGCACGGACUACGAAGACAUAAAAUUAGUGCUGAACGUGCUGCACGACGUUUAUGUUCCUCUGGAGAAUAGUUUUUUUUUUUUAAGAAUAGUUUGACCGGGAAGCUAUACUUUGUAACUGAGUGUACAGCAGUUCUAGAAGUUUAAAACAAAGGACCCUGUGGAGGUCCGAAAAAGAAAUAUAUAUAUAUAUAUAUAUAUAUAUUGCCAAAAA